GAUGGUACGCAUGCGCAAAUUUCCUUUGACGGUUAGCGACUGAAAUCUGUCAGCUCAGCUCAGCGUAGAUUGCUCUAAUACCCUCAAAUAUUCCUCAGCACGCUCUUCUUCUGGUCAGCGAAGGAGAUUUAAAACUAACUUAAUCAGUCAUCAUAUUUGGUUUAUUACUUUUUUACGUUUAUUGCUGAAGGAAAGCUGAGAAUGGCGAGCAGUUUAAAGCGGAAAGAAGAAAGUCAUUUGCUGAAUGGGGGUGUAAAACAGUCCACAUGGAGCAAAGCCUUCUGCAGUAAUGCUGUUUGGGAAGAAAAGGAUGAGUUUUUAGAUGUGAUUUACUGGCUCCGACAAAUUAUUGCAGUUAUUCUUGGUGUGAUAUGGGGUGUUGCACCACUGAAAGGAUUUCUGGGAAUAGCCAUAUUUUGCGUCAUCAAUGCUGGUGUCCUGUACGUAUACUUCAGCAGCUUUCAGCAGAUUGACGAAGAAGAGUAUGGGGGCACGUGGGAACUCACCAAAGAAGGCUUCAUGACAUCUUUUGCUCUGUUUCUGGUGGUGUGGAUAAUCUUUUACACAGCUCUUCAUUUUGACUGAGAGGAAUCCACAGGACACUAUGAACAUUUGUUGAAGCAAAUUUACAAGAUGCAAAAACUUAAUGGUUUGGGGGUAUCUGUGCUCUCUACAUACAGUAUGACUUCUCAUUGUGCAGUGCAUCAUGGGAAUCCUAGUUUGUAAAACAAGAUCCAGUAAGAACACAGAGACAAAUGUGCUCAAAUACUGUAUAUCUCUCUAAUUUGAGGCUUCAUUUUUUAAAUACAUCUUCCAUUUCACUCAUCUAAUGUUAUGUCCUUCUUCACAUCAUGUUCAUGACGUCUGAAUAGAAACACUAAAGAUACAUAAAGAAAGAAGAAAAGAAAGAAAGAAACAUGAAUGCAAACUUUACACUAUAAAGAUAACAAGCAGUAUGAAUACCCAUCCUGUUUUCUUGCUCAUGAGCUGUUCAGUCAAGUUGCAGGGGCAGAGCAAUAAAGACAAAGCUUCAUCAUUUAGUCUCUAGGAUUCAGUCAGUCCACAAAUGUGACAUUUCAUCUUUUAACUUGUAUCCAACAUGCACCAUGUUGGAUGAACAGAGCUACCUGUAAGGAAUUGAUUCUGCAGUUUCUCCUAAAAAUGAUUAAUUUGCCUAUUUAAAGAAAUAAGGGUAACAGCUACGAUGUGUGUCAGCAGUUUAUGGUUGGCGCAAUUUGUUUCAUGACAUUUUAAAAUGUCUUGGAACUUCUUUUGAUUUUUUUUUUGCUCCAUCAACAUAAACUGUUAUUUUAUAUUAUUUUGAAUACAUAUGAUUUCUAACACUUGGAAUUUGUGACUAACUGCAGGUGAUAUCUAACUUCUAACAACAGAUCAUAUGCUGGUUUUUAAAUAGAUAUAUAGAAUUAUACCCAGUCCUGAUGCCAACAGAAUCAUUAUGCUCUGGCGCCAUCCAGGAAAUAGAUCAUUUCCAAGCAAAGAGGAGGGAGGCAUGCAUGUUGUAUAACAAUGCAAAUGUUCAUAAUUGAAGAUUUACUGGAUCUGUGCACUGCCAUGAUUUGCUUUUAGUGUAUCUAGCUGACAUUUAUUAAUGCCCUUAAUAAGGUAAAAACUAUUUAUAAUUAAUAUUUUUCUCACAAGUAGCUCCCAGAUUAAAGUGUUGCCUGUUGUUUUGAAAUUAAUUUAAACUUCUCCGUAAAUUCUGUACAAUGUCCCAUUUGUCCACCUGUAUUACAGACUUAUUUGUAUUUAUGUUAUGUCUUUUUUGAUGUAACAUAUUUCUCAGUAUUUUAUAGUGAACUUUUAAAAGCAGUUCUUGCAAAGUUGUAAUGAUACUGUUAUAUUCAAUAUGCAGCUGGUGUUUGAAAGGAUUGUAUUUUCUGAUCAAAUCUUUUGGGAAUCAUUAAACAUGGGCUUAAUUUAGCCUCCAUUUUCA